UUCCAGCGACGCAUUGAAUUCCGUCCAAUCUUACAGGGUCGGGGGGAUCAUCGAAUUCGCAACGUACGUCUGACAUAAGAGGGAUCGAAUCACCCUGGAAGUUUUUCGGGGGCGACGCCGGGGAUAUCGCAUCGAGUCAUACGCAUGGGUCCUAGUGCCAUGAAGAUUUCAGGGGUGGUUCAGCCAGGGAUUUCGAUUUUGCCUUGUUGCGAUUGUUUUCAUGGGAGAAAAGGGCCUUACAUCUAAUUGCGGAACCGUCGUCACCCUCUUCCCGACGAACAGGCGAACGCUGCUUACCUUGUCCAGGAAGCGGUAGACCCCAUUCCCUACUCCUCCGAUGGACCAACUGCUGCCGCCGCCGCCGUCAUUGGACCUGCGUGACCUGAAGGCCCUCUCCAUCCUCGGCCGCGGCGCCAAGGGCGUCGUCUUCCUCGUCCGUGUCGCCGACGCUUCCUCUGCCGGCGACGCCCUCGCCCUCAAGGCCGUCUCCCGCUCCUCCAUCGAGCGCAGGGCAUCCGGCGGCGACGCCUACCGCCGCGUAUGGCUCGAGCGCGACGUCCUCCUGUCGCUUCGCCACCCCCUCCUCCCCUCCCUCCGCGGGGUCGUCUCCACCGAUAGGAUCGUCGGCUUCGCCAUCGACCGCUGCUCCGGUGGCGAUCUCGCCUCCCUCCGCCGCCGCCAGAGCGAGAAGAUGUUCUCUGAAGAUAUCAUCCGAUUCUAUGCCGCCGAGUUGGUGCUGGCGCUGGAGUACCUCCACGGACUGGGGAUCGUCUACCGAGACCUGAAGCCAGAGAACGUCCUGAUCCAAGACAACGGCCACCUCAUGCUCGUCGACUUCGAUCUCUCCACCAAACUCCCCUCAGGACCGCCGCCCGAACCCCUCAAUUCCCCGCCGAGCGUCACUCCCCGCCACGACGAAUCCACGCCUCCAGGUACCGCCAAGAAGAGGAAGAAGAAGGUCAAGAGAAAAGAAAAGAAAGCCUCGCGUCUCACGGGCUGCCUCUCCUUCAACGCCGACGUAUCGCCGGAAACUUCCAAGUCUUUCCUGGCGGAGGAGGCGAAGGCAGCGCCACCAGCGUCGCCGGGGACGUCGGCUGGGAAGUCGAACUCGUUCGUGGGGACGGAGGAGUACGUGGCGCCGGAGAUCAUCGAGGGCAAGGGCCACGACUUCGCGGUGGACUGGUGGGGGCUGGGGGUGGUUCUUUACGAGAUGCUCUACGGGCGGACGCCGUUCCGAGGGAAGAACCAGAAGGACACCUUCCACCGGAUCCUGACCAAGGAGGCCGACCUCGUGGGGGAGACCACGCCGCUGCGCGACCUCAUCCGGAGGCUCCUGGAGAAGGACCCCGAGCGUCGCAUCACCGGCGAGGCCGUCAAGGCGCACGCCUUCUUCCGCGGGGUCAUGUGGGAGGAGCUGCUCCGGAUCCCGCGGCCACCGUUCAUCCCCAUGCCAUCGGACGACGCCGACGACGACGCCGCUUUCGAGGGGCUCGACGUGGAGAGCACGGUGGUCGAGGUUUCCGCCGCCAAGGAGGAGAAGGCGUCGGGCGGGAAGCGAGACGAAGGGGUUACCGCUCCUCCUCGACCCCCAGAUUUUGUCGUCUUCUAACUUUGCCCUUUUUCUUUUAUUCCUUAUUAUUUAUUAAAUAAAAAGAAACUCCAACACUACUCCGGUCGUGACUUAAGUUACGAC